CAACUACCUUAUAAACUAUUAAUAAGCAGCAAAUAAGGGGUUAAUUGAGGCAAAAGUCAUAGUUAAUGGUUAUUUAAUAGUGAGAAUUGGAUCCUAAAGUAAAAUGUGACCCAAAUCAGAUCUGUGUGUGUGUGUGUGUGUGUGUGUGUGUGUGUGUGUGUGUGUGUGUGUGUGUGUGCGUGUGUGUGUGUGUGUGUGUGCGCGAGUGUACCUGGUAUUCACUAUGUUAUGGGGGAACAAAUGUCCCCACAAGUAUAGUAAUACUUUUCGAUUUUGACUUUGUAGGAACAUUUUUUGGUUUAUAAAGUUUAAAAAUCACAUAAUGUAAUUUGAGAAUGUAAAAAUGAGGGGUAUGUUUAGGUGUGGGGUUGGAGAGUAAAAGGUACAGUUUUUACAGUAUAAAAACCUAUGGAAUUAACCCAUAAAACACUGGAAACCUGUAUGUCUGUGUGUGGGGAGGCGGUGUGCGUGCACUUAUGUGUGUGUGUGUGUGUGAGGGUGUAUCUGUUGAUGUUUCUGUCAUUCUUUUCAUUAUCAUGUUUUUUCUUGAAAACCAGUUUAACUUGUUCUGUAAAGUGAAAGAGAUUUCAGAUUUACGGUUCAACAUGACAGUUCAGAGGAGAAAAAUAGAAGGAAAUACAAAUAUAACUUGUGAACAUUAAAUCUUUAUGGAAACACAGAAGAAGUUGUAAAAUGAGUUUCUAUCAGGAGAGAAAGGAGGAGGAUGUUGAUCACUCUCAGUCCCAGAGAGCAGCAUCUCCUGAGCCAAGCUGUGUGUCUAUGAGUGAUACAUCCAUGACAGAACACCCUAAAUUCAGUGAUGAAUCAGUGCCCUUUCACCCCAGAAAAGAGAAAAAGAGGGCAGCAUCUCCAGAGCCAAGCUGUGUGUCUAUGAUGAGUGAUACAUCUAUGAAAGAUCGCCCUAAAUUCAGUGGAGGAUUAGUGCCCUUUAACCCCAGAAAAGAGAAAAAGAGGGCAGCAUCUCCAGAGCCAAGCUGUGUGUCUAUGAUGAGUGAUACAUCCAUGACAGAACACCCUAAAUUCAGUGAUGAAUCAGUGCCCUUUAACCCCAGCAAUAAUCAGCCUGAUCAUCCUCCUCAACCACUGAAUGAUGAACUACAAACAGUCAAAGAGCAGCACAAAACCAGCAUGAGGAACAAGUAUGAGAGAUUAUUUGAGGGAAUCAAACUCCAGGAGAAUGAAACCCUCCUGAACAGCAUCUACACACAGCUCUACAUCAUAGAGGGAGAGAGAGAAGGAGUGAAUGAAGAACAUGAGGUUUUACAGAUGGAGAAAACAGCCAGAACACAACACUCACAAGACACUCCAAUCUACUGCAAUGACAUCUUUAAAGCCUCCGCUGAAGCAGGAUCUGAGGAGAAAGAGCAGAUCAAGACUGUUCUUACUAAAGGCAUCGCUGGAAUCGGAAAAACCGUUUCUGUGCAGAAGUUCAUUCUGGACUGGGCCGAGGGAAAAGCCAAUCAGGAUGUAGAUUUCAUGUUUGUGCUUCCAUUUCGAGAGCUGAACUUGAUCAGAGAUCAUCAGUACAGUCUUCACAGACUUCUGCUGGACUUUCAUCCUGAACUUCAAGAUCUGGACUCACAGAUUUAUGAGGAGUGUAAAGUUGUGUUCAUCUUUGAUGGUCUGGAUGAAAGCAGAAUCACACUGAUGUUUUCAGACGCUCAGAAAGUUUGUGAUGUGACUGAGACUUCAUCAGUGGCUGUGUUGAUGUCAAAGCUCAUGAAAGGAGAGCUGCUUCCCUCUGCUCUCAUCUGGAUCACCUCCAGACCAGCAGCAGCCAAUCAGAUCCCCUCCAAAUACAUCCACCGUCUGACAGAAAUUCAGGGAUUCACUGAGCCUCAGAAGGAGGAAUAUUUCAGGAAGAGAAUCAGUGAUGAGCAUCAAGCCAGCAGAAUCAUCUCACACAUCAGAAGAGCAAGAAGCCUCCACAUCAUGUGCCACAUCCCCGUCUUCUGCUGGAUCUCAUCCACUGUGCUUCAGAAGCUCCUGGAAGAAGAUCUGAGUGCAGAAAUCCCUCAAACUCUGACUGAAAUGUACAUCCACUUCCUGCUGAUUCAGAUCAACAUGAGGAAGCAGAAGUAUGAAGAGAGAGAUCCAGAGAAACUCCUGCCGUCAAACAGAGAAGUGAUUGUGAAACUUGCUGAAGUGGCUUUCAAACAGCUGAUGAAGGGCAAUGUGAUGUUCUAUGAGGAGGACCUGAUUGAGAGCAGCAUAGACGUCACUGACGCCUCAGUGUAUUCUGGGAUUUGCAGUGAGAUCUUUAAGGAGGAAUCUGUGAUUCAUCAGAGGAAAGUCUACAGCUUCAUUCACCUGAGCAUUCAGGAAUUUCUUGCUGCUUUUUAUCUGUUUUACUGCCAUCUGACAAAGAACAUGGAGCCAUUGCAGGACAUUAAUUAUGAAAGAUACAGUUCUCAGGAAAACUCUUUGUAUGAUCUACUAAGAUCAGCAGUAGAUGAAGCUCUUAAGAGGGAAAAUGGACGUCUGGAUCUGUUCCUGCGGUUCCUGCUGGGCGUCUCAUUGGAGUCCAAUCAGAGACUCUUACAGGAUCUACUGACACACACAGAGAACAGCUCAGAAAACAUCAAACAAAUCACACAAUACAUUAAAGACAAGAUCAAGAAAAAAGACUAUAUCAUGAAACUCUCCACUGAAAGAUCCAUCAAUCUGUUCCUCUCUCUGUUGGAGGUAAAAGAUCAGACUCUGUCCAGAGAGAUUCAGGAGUUUGUAAAAUCCGAUAAUCACUCAGAGAAUGAACUCACACCUGCUAACUGCUCAACAAUCGCCUACAUGCUUCAGAUGUCAGAGGAGCCACUGGAUGAGCUGGACCUCAUGAAAUACAACACAUCAGAUGAGGGUAGAGGAAGACUGGUACCAGCUGUGAGCAACUGCAAAAAAGCUUUACUUGCUGGAUGUUGCCCUUUUGAUCAGCACUGUGAAACUGUAUGUUCAGCUCUCCAAUCACCAAACUCUCAUCUGAAUGAGCUGGACCUUUGUAUAAAUGGCCUAAAGGAUUCAGGAGUGAAGCUGCUUUCUUAUGGACUGAAGAGUCGAAAUUGUCAGCUGGAGAUACUAAGGCUACCUGGGUGUAAUCUCACGGCUCAGUCUUGUGAGAGUUUGUCAUCAGUAUUACAAUCCUCAACCUCCCGUCUGAGAGAGCUGGACCUGAGUAACAAUGACCUGCACAAUUCAGGAUUGAAGCUUCUUUCUGAUGGGCUGAAGAGCCCAAACUGUCAGCUGAAGAUACUAAAAUGUUCCAUAUGUAGUCUCAGUGCUCAGUCUUGUGAGAGUUUGUCAUCAGUUUUACCGUCCUCUACUUCCUGUCUGAGAGAGCUGGAUCUGAGUAACAAUGACCUGCACAAUUCAGGAGUGAAGCUUCUUUCUGAUGGACUGAAGAGUCCAAACUGUCAGCUGAAGAUACUGAGAUUGUCAGGUUGUAUGGUGACAGAAAAGGGCUGUCGUUAUGUAUCUUCAGCUCUGAGUUCAAACCCUUCACAUCUAGAGGAGCUGGAUCUGAGCUACAAUCACCCAGGAGACUCAGGAGUCAAGCUGCUCUCUAAAAACCUGGAGGAUCCAAAGUGCACACUGGACAAACUCAAUAUGGAUCAUAGAGGAGAAUCCAGGAUUACAGCAGGUCUAAAGAAAUAUGCCUGUUUUCUCACACUGGAUCCAAACACAGCAAACACUGAACUCAUUCUGUCUGAGGAGAACAGAGAGGUGACAAAUGUGAGAGAGGAUCAGCCAUAUCCUGAUCAUCCAGACAGAUUUGAUGAGUGUCAGCAGGUGUUGUGUAGAGAGAGUGUGUGUGGACGCUGUUACUGGGAAAUUGAUUGGAGUGGAGAUAGAGGCGUGUAUAUAUCAGUGUCAUAUAAGAGCAUCAGCAGGAAAGGAGACUGUGACGAGUGUGUGUUUGGAAAUAAUAAUCAGUGCUGGAGUUUGUUCUGCUCUCCCUCCAGUUACUCAUUCAUACACAAUAGCAUAGUGACUGAUCUCUCUGUAGAGUCCUUCAGCCGUAGAAUAGGAGUGUAUGUGGAUCACAGAGCAGGAACUCUGUCCUUCUACAGUGUCUCUGACACAAUAAGCCUCAUCCACACAGUCCAGACCACAUUCACUCAGCCGCUCUAUCCUGGGUUUUGGGUUUGGCCCGGAUCAGUGAAACUGUGUUAAUGAAUGAGAAUGGACUGACAAGAGAUUAUAAUGCUUUGAGCUUCAUGAUAAAUCAGUAAAACAGACGUUAUAGAGUCUCUUCUUUUCUCUUAAUUACAUUUCUGUCACUGAAAUAAAAUGUCAGAAUAAAUGUUUGUAAUAAAUCCCCAUAUAGAUUUAUUUUAUCAAAUGUGUGUGUGCUCGCGUGUGAUUCAUGCUGAGUGACGAUAUGUUUCUUACAUUUGUGUUUUUAUUGUAAUGUUCCAUCAUUUAUAUUAUGACUAUGAAAAGUUACCUUUCAGCUGAAAAGUAACUUUAACCAUCAUUCCUCAUUAAUGACAUGUAACACAUAUUUGAUAAUUCAUGUGAUUUUUUCCUCCUCACAAAUAAAGAAACAAAAAGAC